UUUAUGUUUUUUAUACCCAUAAUUUCAUAUAGCAAAGCAGCUGAAGUGACUUUUGUUUGACAGACACUGUUUACUGCAACAGUUGGGAAGAUCUUUAUGCGAGUUACAGUGCGUGUGUGGACGUAGAAGCAGAGGGAGGAAGUGAGGGAGAGCCAGAGAGUCACAGAGGGAGAAGGAGAAUCUGAAUCAGUGAGAGUCAGAGAGGGACGGAGGAAAACAGCCAAGCAGAUGUUUUGCCUGAGGAGAGCUGUUGCGCUUCACACUAGCUCUUUCUGCCUCUGAGAGGCAUCUUACUGCACCAUGAACCUGUCAGAGCAGCUCGCCCUCCUCUUCAGCUGUAACGUCAGUGCAAGCGAGAUGCCACAGCUCAACAUCGGUGUCACCAAAAGUGAGCCACUGACAAUCGCUGUCCCCAUGACCAUCUUCUACAGCGUCGUCUUCUUGUUUGGAGUCCUAUUCAACGGUGUGAGCAUCAUGACCCUGCUCAUGGACGCCCAUAUGCGAGUUAGUGCCAUUCGUUUCUACCUGCUCAGCCUCGUCAUAUCAGACAUCCUUCAACUGUUGACCAUUCCAGUGACGCUGUAUCGAUAUUACUGGGAAAGUUAUCCAUGGCGUCUGGGCCAGGCAGUGUGCAAGCUCUACUUCAUGGUCCGCCAGGUGUACUGCGCCACCACAAGCUGGGUGAUCAUGACCUUCACCAGCGAGCGCUACGCGGCCAUAUGCCACACCAUGUGGUCUGUGUCCAGCCUCAAGAGGUUUCGGCUGCCGUGCCUUCUGUCCGUAUGGAUCAUUUCCUUGGUGUCAGCGGUGCCGUUUGCUCUGGUCUACAACCAGGCAAGCGCUUGCAUCCUGGACUACACAGCCACCACACGGGAGGACGCCUUCCACGUUUCCACCAUGUGUGAGAUGACAGAGCCUGAUCCUGCACACAUUUACAAAGCAGCCUUACUGCUGAGGGCAGGGCUCUUUUUUCUGGUCCCAUUGGCUUCCAUCUUUACUCUUUAUCUGCUCAUCCUGCUCUAUCUGAGGAGAAACGGACGUCAAAGGAGAAACAUGGGUCUCACGCGCCCGGCUCCGGACGCAAGACGAGAUGUCCAGUGCCAUCAAAAUGGAAAGCUACUUUUAAAUGAAAAACGAGCUCUGAAACUCAUGGGUGCAGUUGUAGUUGCCUUUUUCGUUUGCAACUUUCCCGACAUGGCAUCGUCGCUGAUGCAGGUCUACGUGGUGGUGUGGUCUGACACCAUCCAUUCUGUCUACACGGUCCUGAAGUCGUACCUGUCGCUGCCACUGUGGUACAUCAACGGGGCGUUGGAUCCAUUGAUAUUUUGCAUCUCCUCCCACACAUUUCGCAGAGCCUGCUGGAGGACUCUGGGCAGGCUCCGGCCUCAGUGCUACUGGAGGUACAGGAGCAUGACCUGGCUGCGUCAGAAGAGCUCAAGUGAAGAAGCAAGCACAACGGCGAGAGAGAGGGUUGAUGGUACGGUAAAUGCGACAGAGAGGCACUGGAUGGGAAAUGAGGCAAGGGGAUAGCCAUGAAAGCUCUUUUUACAUAAGCUGGAAUACCAAUUAAAGGCAUUUUUGAAAAUAUGAAUCUAUUCUGCACAAGAUCCAUUAAUAACAAAGUCUUAUAUAUAUACAGUAAAUUUAUAUUCAAACCACUAUAAUAAAAUGUUAACAGCACAAGGGACAAGAUGAACAAUGAUACAUUAAUUUACAGUUGUUUCUAACCAUUUGAAAUAUGAAUGAAUAGUGAAUGACUAUGAAUAUGUAGUCUUUUUUAUUUUGACAGGGCACUGUUGUUCCAUUUAGUUCUGACAGGGUUUGUUAAGCACAUUUACCCUGUUUUCUCUUAAUUUGAUGUCAAUUUAUUUCAUCUGCAUGACACUCAUUCAGAUUGUGCUGCUCAUAUUUCCAGCUGAAAAUGUUUAAUUAAAUCUAGAGGAGCAGAAGUAGCACUAAUGUGAUCUGUUGAGUACUGAAUAAUAUUUUACUCUGGACGUGUUAAAAUGACUCUUUAUCUUGCCAUAGCAAAAACAUACAAAAACAAAAUUUCGACCUUUUAACAUUUUUAAGCAUCUCAGUACAUGGAAACCUAGCAACUGUUAAAUAUUGUAAAAAUGUUUAAUCUGUCUAUACAAUGGGUAUAAAAAUUGAUAUAAAGAGGAUCUUCUGUUAUUCAGGACUUCUGGCAUUUAGUGGAACAACACGAUGAAGCUGAAUCAAAAUCAGCCUUUACUUUUUUGUUAUAUGCCUUUUAAACUUGUUUUUUAAAAUCCUUGUAUUAUUUUUACAUAUGCAUGUUUUAUGUUAAAGCAUUAUAAAUAUUUAAAUAAUAUUUAAGCCACAUCAGUUUUAUGUGAUGAUAAAUGUUCAUAUUAUUGUACAGUAUUAGCGUGAUUUAAUAUGUGCUUAAGUUGCUGAUACUGUGUACUGUAACAUGUGUAA